ACAUUCCAUUCUGGAAAAGAGGGGAGCACAUCUUGGUUGUCUUUCCUAAAGUUUGACUUUGUUCAACAACACAGCGCUACUAUCACUCACGGCGUAGACAGUUUUAUUGGAUUCUAAAUAUUUUGUAAUGCAACGAUAUAAAUCGUAAAAAAGUUCCCCGGUCGUGUUUGGGUGAAGCGAGGGCACCCGUAAGUUGUUUUGGGAGCGGCGAAGAACCCCUCAGUUCUCCCAGCGAGCAGUGAGAUGAGAUGGGCGGGAGAACACGCGGGGACGAUGCUGCUGUUCCGGGGAAUUUGAUCGAUUUGAGUCUCCUGUCUGAGUAAUUUGUUUUUGGACGUCACAGUAGUAGCGAUAUGUAUCUGUGCGGGAUUUGUGGAGUUCUGUGAGGACGCGCUGGACAUAUUUACCUUCUCCUAUUCCUCCUUUGGCUGUUUAUUUGGGGGCUCUCCACUCUAACGUCUCUUCAGUCUCAGCGUCCGGUGGUGCUUUUGCGCGAUCCAGGUCAUUAACACACUAUUGCGAAAUAAAACCAGGAUGUAAGGAAAAGGCGUUGAUGUGGGAAGAAACUUUGGAAACGCAUCCUGAUCCAAACACGGAGCCCUGCUGGUCCCUCCCGCCUAAGCUGGAGAUAGGGAUGGUGGCUCGGAGCACUGAUAAUCUGGACAGUUCUGGGGAGCCUGGGACCCGAUCGGUGGGCACCACUGCCAACUUGAAGGGGAAGAUGAGCAAAAGGCUUUCUGUUGUGAAAGGUCACUUCCCCAAGCUUAUUGACUGUGCUCACUUUCACUAUGAAAAUGUGGACUUCGGUUCUAUCGAGCUUCAGUUUGCCAACGAGCAGAGCGAUGCCAGCUGGACCUUGGGCAGUGCCAAAGAUCUGGUUUUCCUUGUGCAGGUGUCCUGCCAGGGUAAGACGUGGAUGGUACGGCGUUCGUAUGAAGAGUUCCGGACGCUGGACGCCCACCUGCAUCAGUGCAUUUACGACCGCCGUUACUCACAGCUCUUGGUCCUGCCCGCCCUCUGCGAGAUCGGAGACCGGGUGGAGAUCUUCACACCACUGUUGUCGGAGUAUCUUAACCGCCUCUCAAUGAUUGUGGACAAUAAGCUGAACUGUGGGCCGGUUCUCUCCUGGAUGGAGAUUGACAACCAUGGCAACAGGUUUCUGCUGAAAGAAGAAGCGUCUUUAAACGUCCCUGCCAUCGCUGCUGCUCACGUCAUCAAGCGCUACACUGCCCAGGCUAGCGAUGAGAUCUCCAUUGAGGUUGGUGAUAUUUUGUCAGUGAUUGACAUGCCACCCAAAGAGGACACCACGUGGUGGAGAGGAAAACAUGGAUUCCAGGUUGGCUUCUUUCCCAGUGAAUGUGUGGAAUUAAUCAAUGAGAAGUUGCAGCAGUCUGUCAGUGCUCCUGUCAGUAAGCAAGAGGUGGAUCAUUCGAGCUCCAAACCUGGUGUUACCAACACGACUGGGCCUUCCUCUCCAACAUCAGUGUCCAAGAAACAUGGCAAGCUGAUGGGCUUCCUGCGCACCUUCAUGAAGUCCAGACCCACCAAACAAAAGCUAAAGCAGAGGGGAAUCCUGAAAGAACGAGUGUUCGGCUGCGAUCUCGGCGAGCAUCUCCUCAACUCUGGUCAAGACGUGCCGCAGGUCCUAAAGAGCUGCUCAGAGUUCAUAGAGAAGCAUGGUGUGGUGGAUGGGAUCUACAGACACUCUGGUGUGUCCUCCAACAUACAAAAACUCAGGCACGAGUUCGACAGUGAAAAUGUUCCGGACCUGACGAAAGAUGUGUACAUGCAGGAUAUUCACUGUGUUGGCUCACUGUGCAAACUCUACUUCAGAGAGCUGCCCAAUCCUCUCCUCACGUACCAACUCUACGACAAGUUUGCUGAAUGUAUGGGAGAGAUGACCGAUGAAGAGAGAAUGGUGAAAGUGCAUGAUGUUAUCCAGCAACUUCCUCCUCCUCACUACCGCACUUUGGAGUACCUGAUCAAACAUCUGUCCGGGUUGGCCACCUGCAGUGGAGAGACUAACAUGCACAUUAAGAAUCUGGCCAUCGUCUGGGCACCCAACCUGCUCAGGUCCAAAGAAAUUGAGGCAGCAGGCUUAAGCGGCGCUGAUCCGUUUAAAGAAGUGCGUAUUCAGUCCGUGGUUGUGGAGUUUCUGCUCAGCAAUGUGGAAGUUCUGUUCAGUGACUCUUUCACUUCUGUUGGACGUUUCAAUGCAGCACGACAGUCUCUGACCAGGCCCAAGUCGUUUGCGUCUACCAGGCUUCUGUCUCUGGAGGAAGCACAGGCUCGCACACAAGCUCCUCUUCUCCUUCAGGGGUCUCCUCACCACGCUCUCGGCCAGUUUCACACUGUACUGGACCUGCCUGCAGACAAGAGGAAAAGAGGGAUGAAGGUCCGGAAGUCAGCAGGCGGGAGCUGGAAGACGUUUUUUGCCAUCGGAAAACCUGCAGCGGCAGGUCGGCGUAAACCCACCAGGAUCACCUCUCUAUUCCAGCCCACUACCUCUCAUGCAGGUUGCAGGGUCGACAGUGUGACGCUCAGGUCAGCAAAGAGUGAGGAGUCCCUGUCCUCUCAGCACAGUGGAGCAGGUCAGGGGAAGAUGCAACGCUUACGAAGACCUCGCUCCAGCAGUGAUGGUCUCUCUCUGGCCGCUUCGGUUGAUCCGCAGCUCCUUCCUCAGCACUCCCCAUCUAGAAUCCAUCCGAGCCGCUCUUACGACAGCCUGCUGCCUGAGGAAAUGCGUGAUGCCGAUGAGGAAGAAAAUGAAGAGGAAGAGGAUGAGGAAGGUGUGUACAUGUUGCCUGAUUUCUCCAAGGAACCCUCCACCUCCUGGAUGGCAGAGGAUGUCAUUGACUUUAGCCCCACCUUCCUGGAAGAUGGGCCAAUAGGGUUAGGGAGCACAGCCGUCGCUCCUAGCGGCAGGGAGUCCCCUCCUGCAGCUGCACCCCCUCCAUACCGUUGUCUGAGCCAUCAAGGCCACACCCGCUCUGGUAGCCAGCGCUCAAUCACAGAAGAUCCAGACUCGGUUCUCAACCAAUCAGAGGCUGCAGCCCGUCGGAGUUUGAUCCUGGCUGCAGCAGCUCCGCCUCAGCAGGUGUUCUGUCAACACAGGCCGUCUGCAGUUACUAAUGCUCCCGCAAGCACAACCCAGCAGGGUGAGUCAAACCUAAGCCCAUCCCAUAGCCAGACGCCAGCUCCAGCGGCCUCUUCACCCCCUUCUCAGCCCCCUCAAGAGAGGCGUUCCUUUACACGUAAAGUGGUUCAUGCACUUUCAUCCAAAGCGCCUAAAUCCCCCCCUAUGGACAUCUCUGAUCCAAUCUCCAUCAGUGUACCUGCCAAGGUUCUGGAAAUGAUUGGUGGACGAGCUGGCGAAUUGCAACCUGGACCUCCAAGCAGUGGACCGUCUCAGCCACCCCAGAUGAUAUCUAUGCUCCUGAGGUCAUGUGACUUUCAGCUUACAGAGAGCUGCCAGCAAGAGCUCAACAGUAAGUUGGGCCCCAUCGCCAAGAUCAAGGGUCCUAGUAUCUUUGGUCCCACUGGUGUUCCCCUUCCAUCCCAGCAGCCCCCUCCUCCUCCCCCCAAGAACCCAGCACGCCUCAUGGCUCUGGCUCUGGCUGAAAGUGCCAACAAGGCACUGCGGCAAGGUGCCUCUCCCCCAUACCGCCCCCGUCAGAGUGGAACCUCCCCUGAGACAGACAUCCGCCUCCAGAGGUCCCUCUCUGCUGAUGCAGGAGCUCUACUGUCUUCUGAUUCUAAUCAGAUCUACUCCACGGUGCGCCCCUUGUCUGUGUGGAAGACUGAGGGUGACGAUGAUGGUGGAACUGCUGCUGAAAAGCUUGCAGACAAAUCACAUGGUACAGAUCCAAGGUCACAACCUGGACAGGACUCUGGAACUCUCUCUUCUGACAGCUCAGUCUCUGAUUCUGGGACAUCUAAUUCUGAGUUGUCAGUUGCCAGUUCCUCUGAGGACAAUGAGCGAAGCCCAAGCCCCAUUUACAAGAACGAAGAGCCAACUUCUUCAGCACAACCCUCAAAAUCCAGCCCACCCUCCUCUAGCGAAGCUAUCCUUUCUCAGAGAAAACCCCCAGCAUAUGGGCGGCAGUUUUCUGCACCACAGCUUCAGCAGGAUAAAUCCACUGGCCAGCCCAAGCCUGCAGCCCAGCCACACACUCAGCUCCUGCACUCCAAAUCCGAGAGCUCUCCACUGGCCCAGGUACGAGCCUUCCAGCCCACCCGCCCUAAAGUGCCACCCAAGCCCCCUGAUCUUGCUCCCUUGAGGGCUCCACUCUCUCAGACUGACCGGCAUGAUUACAUGCGUCGCUCAUUGGAUGCCAGUCGCAUUCGACGCUUGGCAGGGGCUCCCCAAGGAAACACACCACUUUCCAGAGCUUUCUCUGAGCGCAUUAGCAGUACCUCUGACAUGCUGUCUCGCUAUCAUGCUGCCAGAAUGGCCAGCCAAGCUGUCCAGGUUGCACACCUUCCCCAACAACAGCAGCAACAGACUCAGUCCACUCAGAUCAGAACUGUUGUCCCCUCUGAAGACCCAUCCAAGAUGGAGAACUUCUACUAUGAGAUUGGUGCACCUGAGCAUCCAAAAGUGCCACCCAGCUAUGCACGCCACAGCUAUCAGAACAUGAAGCUGGAUCUGGAGGGAAACCUUCGUCUCACUGACCCAGCCAAUCAAAGGCCUAUUUCCAGGGGUUACCCUCCUCCCUACAACCCCCAAGGACCUGUGGGCAGUAGGGCUCCCCAGCUGUGGUCAUCUGAGGCCACACGAGCUUGGGCCGCAGCACAUUCUCACUCUUUCUCCUUUUCCCAUUCUCACCAUCGCUCCCAUGACGGAUCAUCCGGACAUCCUCCCCACCCUCGUCCUCAGCGACAGACAUCAUCAUCUGUCAGGUUGCCCCGCAGUGAAAUACAUCCCUUACCUGCAUCCGGUGUCGUGGGCUCCUCUGCAGGCAUAAUGCCUCUGUCCGUUCACCAACGUAGCGUGCAUCGGCCCCAGCGUUCGCCUUCUGCAGACCACACUGCCUCCCAGCUUCACCCCUACUUUGAAAAUGGGAAGGUGUGUUACCGGUACUUUGAGGCUUCCAGGCCGGAAGACAUACUACUGCAUCAGCAAUCGGUUUUGAAACCACCUCAGACUUCCCCGGUGCAAGGAAUCACGAAAGAUCAGCCUGAGCCCAUCUACGUCAACUAUCCUUUCACAAACCCACAAGGAUCUGGGGUUAAUUCAAAGAGCUGGGCCACCACAAACCUUGACGAAAAUGAUCAUCAAGCAUCGGAGACACUGGAACUACCUUCCAAGUCUCAACCAGAAGACAAGCAGAAACUUUCAGAGCAUGAAAGUCCCACAGUUAGCUUCGACAACCUUGCCCACAACGAUGUAUCCUCAGAUUCCAAAGAGACCAAUAUAGCAGCGUCGGCCUCCACUGCCAUGCAUUUCCGUAGCCGCUCAGAUCCCCAAAGUAUCAGCUCAGAGCCUGUUAAUGUCCUAUCUGGGAAGGAAAUAGCCUCCUUACUAAUUGAAAAGCUAGCAGAGGAUGAAAGAGAGGGUCCUUCUGCGCCUUCUUCUUCGUCCUCUUCUCCACACAUCGAGCACCCUCCAAAUCCCUACCCUAGCCAGCCGCAACAACCACCACCUGCAUACAAUAUCUACACACCAGGACCCUCUCGUGGGCAUUUUGAAAGUCAAAUGCCACCUAGAGAUGGAUCUGGACCUUUCCAACGUCAAGACCCCUUGCGAAGAUCUUCUGGAGGCCAGUAUAGACAAGCUUUUGAUGUCAUGCCAUCUGGUGACCAAGUCCUUAAGUUUUACAGGAGCCAAGACUUUGUCCCAGUCUCGCAGGGAGAAAGCACAAACCCUAAUCCUUAUCCCCCAAGACCGUAUUAUCAGGACCCCCCACACCAUAAUUGGGGCCCUCAAGGCCUCCCAGAAGCUUCCCACACAUGCACUCCACCUACAGUGGCCUUCUCUAACUUAGCGCUUGGUUCAGCAAGAGGAUACGGGCCCCAGACAGUGGCCAACCAAUACCCGUACCAGUCAGGGUCAGUGCUUCCCCAAUAUCCCAAUACACCACGACGAGAUGUUGUCCUGGAUCCGUCUCUCCGACCUCCGGGGUUGCGAAACCAGAGAGGCUUAAACCGGCAGGGAAGCCUGCCGGGGCCCAAUUGGACCAUCCGAACUGAAGGCCAGACCCGUAGUUAUUGCUAAAGAGCACAACUGCCACAAAAAGUCCUGUCUUUAGACUUAAAAUAGGAUAAUAUGACGUAAACCAGUAUAAGCACUAGACUUUUAUGUUUACUGUACAGGUUAACAUGUUGUGAAAGAAGUGUACAGAAACAAAAUUAAGUGGGGUACGUAUGUCUUUACUGGUGUUUCUGUCUCAGAAAAAAACCCACUGCUGUCCUGCAAUUAGAGUGCAUAUUGGAGUGGAAAAAGCGUACGAGAAUAAGACAUAAAGCAGAAAGUAUCAAAGAAGUGAACCAUAAAGUGGCUUAGAUAUGAAAACAUUCCAGAACACACUGUGCUGUCCAGCAGAGGGAGUCAGAGAGGUGCAUAGCUGCUAUUCCUCUGACAGGACGUUGCUCAGUGUGGCUAAUUUUUGUUUUUUUGCUUUUUUUUUGGUCUGGUUUAAGGUUCUUUUUGACACUAGAUCAUUCUGUACAGGGGCACAAGCUUAAUGUCUUUCUUCCUCCUCAAAGUACGAUAAAAAAUAACCUCAAGCUAGUGGUUUUAUGAAACUUUAUGAAGAUGUUUUUUGUUAUCUUUAUUUUUGGCGGCAAUGUGAUAUUUCCAUUUUUUUAAUUGCUUUUUUUUGUUGAUGUUUCUAAGUUAUUGUAAGUUUUCAUUGGAAAGAGUUAAUGUGAAAUAGUUUUAUUUUGCCUUUAUUGAUUUGUUUCAAAGAAUGUAAAGGUAAGGACUUUUUUGUUGUUUUUAAGUUUUUUUUUUUAGUGUGUGUGAAUUUGAAUGAGUGUGUCUUGAAUGAGUGUCUGACAUUAAGCACAUAAAAAGGAACGGUAAUUGCUGAUAUUUUUGGGAAAGGUGCAUAUUUCUGUGAGGUACUGUACGGCUCAUUCUCCAGUAAUGCGUCAGAUGAUUUUGUAUAAAUAUUGGUGUUCUAAUCCAAAGCAAGUAUUUCAGGUAGGUCACGUCACCCUGUGACACUCCCAGACAUCCCUGGGUUUCUUUGAAGGAGAAAUCCUAACCUAGCAACAUAGAAUAACUGGUACUAUUCACCACAAAACACAGAAAAUUCAUUCAAUGCCCACAACACUAGACUUAGAUGACUAUAAAAGAUACCACUAUCUAGGCUCGGUACUGUUCCGGUGUUUUUUAGGAAGUACUAUAGUAUUUUUUUUUAGUCCUGGAAAUUCUUCUAAAAUUUGACAGAGGUGGAUUCUAUAUAGAAUUAAUUUGUAAUUAGUGCCUUUUGUUAAAUAAUCGAUCUUCUUUUAAAUAAUCCUUCAUUAUGAAAGCAAAUGUUGAUGAGUUGGAUACAAACUUGGUCCUGAGCCCUGUUGCUUCAAUUUAGUUUUCCAAAGCUCCGCACCGGCAAGUCCUGAGUAUACAAGGUCUAAAUGAGAAAGAUAGUGUGUAUGACUGAGAGUAUGAUACGGUGUGUUUGCAUGUCUGUUAUCUCCGUUGUUUUAAUACAUAUCUAUGCAGUGAAUAACCAAGGGGGAUAUAUCGUUCCUUAAAAAAAAAAAAAACAACACUAAAAAUAUUAAUGCUACCUAUGUAUGUCAGCAGACCUGUCAGCGUGUAUGUUCCAGUGAGAGAGGUCAUGCAUGUGGCUUUGAGGUUAAACUGUUCAUGUCCAACAAUCUCCCCUUCAGUCUUUAGCACUUUGCUAAAGGCAGUUCAUUCUAUUUUGUAUAAUUUUCAAAUAUGUGAAUUAAAACCUUGGACACCCGUUA